AUGGCGACAGUUAACGGCGUCACAACCAUCAUCCCUCCACCCGAUGGCUACGAGGUCGACUUCGCGAACCCACAGCGGAGGCUGGUGACGGAGACGUAUGUGGUCUUCAUCGUCGAGAACAUCUUGGCACUUGCGUUUCUUGGGCAGCGGCUCUACACCAAGAUUCGGCUUAUGAAGCAGUUCCAGAUUGACGAUGCAUUACUCCUCCUUGGUUGGGCUUGUUCAGUGGGCACUCAAGGUCUCUUGAUAACUGGAUUCUCGACCGGUAGUAUCGGUGUACACGCCUGGGAAAUCUCGAUCGAGAAAUACGGCUUUUAUUCGCGACCCUGA